AUGGAUCCCUGAAGUGGAGAAGUUUCAGCUUUCUUCAUGUAACUCUUCUGGGAUUGAUCGUCUGUCUUGUUUCUGCCCUUUCAUUGGGCCCAUUCAUCGUAUUGGGACAGCUGCCUCAAGUCAUUUCACGGCUUUUUCCCUUCAAACGAGGCCUCUGCCAUGCUUACUGGGCUCCCAACUUCUGGGCUCUGUACAAUGUCGUGGAUAAAGCCCUAACAAUUUUUGGUUUAAAGUGUAAUUUUCUUGAUCCCACAAAAAUUCCUAAAGCCUCGAUGACAGGAGGGCUGGUUCAAGAAUUUCAGCAUACUGUCCUCCCUUCAGUGACUCCACUGGCAACGUUAAUCUGUACUUUCAUAGCUAUAUUGCCCUCUGUUUUCUGUCUUUGGUUUAAACCUCAAGGGCCCAGAGGCUUCCUACAGUGCCUUGUUCUUUGUGCGCUGAGCUCCUUCAUGUUUGGCUGGCACGUGCAUGAAAAAGCAAUACUCCUUGCUAUUCUGCCUUUAAGCUUGUUGUCUGUUCAGAGAGCGAAGGACGCUGGCAUCUACCUGAUUCUGACAACCACAGGGCAUUUCUCACUUUUUCCAUUGUUGUUCACGCCAGCAGAACUUCCCAUUAAGAUACUGCUUAUGCUGCUGUUUACUGUUUAUAGCUUCUCCUCGUUGAAAUCUCUAUUCAGGAGAGAGAGGCCUCUCCUCAACUGGCUCGAAACCAUCUACCUCGCCCAACUAGUGCCUUUGGAAAUCUUCUGUGAAUUUAUAUUUCCUCUGACGCCCUGGAAACGGCACUUUCCUUUUGUCCCUCUGUUGCUGACCUCGGUGUACUGUGCUCUGGGUGUCGUGUACGCUUGGCUGAAACUCUACGUCUCGGUCCUGACGGAGCGGAUUUCUGUUCGGCAAAAGGCCGAGUAA